UGUAAGGCAUGCCCUGCGCUCUACCAGAUUAAGCAUCGCAUAAGCCUUACUGUGAGCUAAUGUUUCGCUUCUCAUCUCCUCAUCCGCCGAUUCACUGAGUCUUGAGUUGCCAUUCAGUCAUCGCUUUCUCAACAAAACAACAAAUUCUUCGACUUUUAGCGAAAAUUCUUAGACUUUUAGCGAAAGAAGUUCUGCUUUUUUGCUCUCAUAUAAGAUGUAUAAUAUGUAGGCAUUGCUUGUGAUCCUACUGUUGCUGUAUUGGCCGCAAGGGUUUUAGAUAUUCAUCAACGGCUGUGAACACCACUGAAACACAAGACAAAACUCAAAGAAAUCCACAAAAAAGACAUUUCAAGUGAACAUUUGUCGUCAAUUGUGGGCAAAAGUGUGAGCCGUUUGUAAUGACUUUAAUGAUAGUGUGUUUGUUUGAAAGAACCAAAAGUUAGGACUUCUUCACAUCACUGCUUAUCUGAUCCGUCAAAACGACUUAAUGUGUGUCAGCUGUUAGUUGUGAUGAUUGUCGGGCAUAUGACAGAUGUGUCGGCCAUCCAGAUCCCAGGGAUGACCAGCGGACAGUUGUGUGCUCCCAUGAGUACUGGUCUGUCGCCAUCGGGAUGUCCUAACCCACAGUCACCGGCAAUAUUACCAUCGUUUGGCUUCACUCAGGAACAAGUGGCCUGUGUUUGUGAAGUACUGCAACAGUCGGGAAACAUCGAGAGAUUGGGCCGAUUCUUGUGGUCAUUGCCUGCUUGCGAACAGUUGCAGAAGAAUGAGUCCGUACUGAAAGCCAAAGCACUGGUAGCCUUUAACAGGGGAAAUUUCAAAGAGUUGUACAGAAUCUUAGAAAGUCAUACGUUUAGCGUCUCAUCACAUCCCAAACUACAGAACCUUUGGCUCAAAGCUCACUAUAUAGAGGCUGAAAGACUUCGCGGACGGCCGUUAGGCGCUGUGGGAAAAUACCGGAUCCGUCGCAAGUUUCCGUUGCCCCGAACCAUUUGGGACGGCGAGGAGACCUCCUAUUGCUUUAAAGAGAAGUCCCGAAAUGUGUUGCGCGAGUGGUACGCCCACAACCCAUACCCCUCUCCCCGGGAAAAGCGAGAACUCGCUGAAGGCACCGGACUUACCACUACCCAAGUAAGCAAUUGGUUUAAAAAUAGGCGACAGAGGGAUAGGGCGGCUGAGGCUAAAGAUAGAGAUCCUAACGAUAAGUCCAAUUGUGGCACUAGUAUUAAAUCGGGUGCCAAAGGGCUGAACGACUCGUCCAACUCUGGCAACGAUAGCGGCGAUGACUCAUCCAAUGAGGCGACGUCUUUGCGGACGAGCAGUGGUUCCGAUCAUUUGAUUCAUAGCAUGACAUCCCAUCCGUCGCACACAAGUCAUCAACAAAUGAAUUCAGUGUCAGUUGUGAGUCAGUCGGCGGCGACGGCCACCCAAUCGGCUCUGUAUCACGGCUUCCGACUGAACCACCAGCACAUCGGCGCCACUCCACUCGCCCACCAUUCCCACCACUUGGCAGAUGUGGCGCCACAGGCACUAGUCAUGCAUACCGGGGUCACCUCUGCCGACACAAUGCUCCAGUUGAGUGCUGUGGCCGCCGCCUCCGGACUCGACUACGGCUCUACUCUCGCAUCACAUUCACAACUAUAGGACACCAGACAUCAGACUACGAGACCACUCGACCCACGAGUCGACAACUGUCUGUCUGACCACACAUUCCAACGACACGACUAAACAAACAGUAAAUAUCAUACCAUUUAAGAUAUUAUGAGAUUGUUUGCUAUUUGUUGGACUCAAAGGCAACAGAAUCAGUGAAAAGUCAUUUACAUUGAAAUUCAUUCAAACAUUUAUUUAUUACAAAAUAUACCGAUAAUAAAAUCAAUCAGUUUUCCAGCACAUUGUCAAUGACUCAAUUUGAUCUGUGAAUUAAUUUUUG